AUGCUACGAGAUAUCAUUAUAAUCGGCUCCGGCCUUUCUGGUCUCUCUGCAGCACUUGCAUUCUCUCAUUACCUCACGCCACUUAUACCCGACCUGCGAAUCACCAUAUUCGAACUUCAUCCCGUGCCGUCAACAUCCGGAGGCGCUCUCAGUCUUUCACCCGUUGCACUUAGACAUUUCGACCACCUGGGCAUCUUAGAUGAGUUAGAAGAGUACGGUCCAGAGUCAGGAGUCGACGUCGAUGCAGUUGAAAUCUUUUCCUCGCGAACGGGCAAGCCAAUAUCUAAUCUAGACUUCAGCGGGAAACAGGGAUUGGGAUACGGUGAUGCGGAGACCGGUAAAAGAUACAGAGCUCGUCGAGUCAUGAGGAUUAAUCUGUCGCUGGCCAUGAUGGCCGCGACCGAGAAGAGAGGGAACAUCAAAAUAGUGUUUGGGAAGAAAUUUCUCAAAGCAGUCCAACUAGAAGAUGAAAACCGGAUUGAAGUUCAUUUUCAGGACGGAGCGCGAGCAACGGGCCAUUUGCUGUUGGGCUGUGAUGGUGUUUGGUCUGCCACACGCAGAAAGUUCAUUGAUCCGGGCCGAGAUGCUAAAUAUACUGGAUUUUCACUCGUGCAAGGAACAGUGAAAACAACGAGUUUGAAAGUGAACCCCCAUUUCCGAAACUCAUCGAUGAACUUGUCGAAAAACGGUUCACUACUUAUUACAUUCCACGAGAAACAGCACCAGGAGAUUUUCACGUCUGCAAUGGUGGAAUGUCGGGAGGAAUCAGUCAAGGAUCAUACUGAUAUGGUUAAGUGGAAGCGAGACAUGAUCAACGAUUCUUUGAGGAACGAAAUUUCUAGUCGAUUCAAAGAUUCGGUCAUUCCUUUCGUUCGAGAAGUUGCUACUUCGCCAGAGGUCGAUUGGAUGAUGUAUCCUAUAUACCAGGUUCCUCUCGGAGGGAACUGGUAUACUAAACGGGCCAUUUUGUUAGGGGAUGCCGCACAUGCUAUGCUUCCUCGUGAUGAAUCCGCUGCAUAUGCCAUCGACGAUGCCAUCCUUCUCGCCCGUAUUGUCUCCAAUCACAUAGACUACCCACUCGAAACAAGUUUCCAAAUCUACGACUCCCUCCGCCGAACAGAUAUCGCCCACGCCUUCAAAGACUCGGCCAAGCUCUGGCAAAGACGCAAUACAGACGCCGGUCCCAUCGAAACAUGGUUCCGCGAACGUUUAGUUCCAUUCCAAAUCAAGCACGAACUGGUUUCACGCAAGGCUGCCUUUGAGUAUGAUGCUAGCAAAGCCGCUAUUCCGAGCUUGUCGAGGAGUCUGACUCCCCUGAGCAGUUUGAGGCCCGAUUCGAAGAGUGGUUCGUCGUUUUCUUCACAUGAUACCAUUACUUCAAGUGGGGGCAGUAGCAGCCACAAUGGCCACUUGCGGACGCAUAGCAGUUGUGCGCAAGCGGAGAUGACCAAGUUGAUGAGUGGUUUGGUGGUUAAUGAGAAAUGA